UCUAUCGCAACUGUAAUUCAAAUGAGCCUGUGCAAUUGCGUGCCUGUGUGUUGCUGUGUGUUGGUCAUGCUGCGUUUAUGGUCAUACGGCCGGCAUUGCUUCAUCCCUGACCGACGACAUGGCCGGGCUCCAUACGAGACUCCGUCCGACUGGACUGCACACAGUCAUGUGCACCCACGCGUGUAUGCCGGUCCGUUCUGGCCGAUUAUUCUGCUUGCCCUAUUGCCAUUCGGUUGCGAACUGAUGCGCGUCUGUGCUGAGCCUGACGUCGCGUAG